AGAAGGUGCUGGGUUACUUUGUUUGGCAAGUUCCCUUUGAUGACAACUGGAUGCUUUCCCAAGCUGAGAUGUGCACGUAGCUAAAAAUUCCCAGUCCAAAGCAAAUCAGAUAACAGCUGCUGUAGAUUUUAAUAGCAAUGUUCCUAAUCUGAUGGUCUAUCGUUUCUCUGAUAUUGAGGAGGCUACUGAUAGGUUCUCAUUUGAAAAUAAGCUGGGAGAGGGUGGAUAUGGUCUUGUUUACAAGGGUGUAUUAUCAGAUGGACAAGAAAUAGCAGUAAAAAAACUCUCAAGGACAUCUGCACAAGGAUUUGAGGAGUUUAAAAAUGAGGUUAUGCUCACAGCAAAACUACAGCAUGUAAAUCUUGUUCAAGUUUCGGGAUUCUGCGUUGAUAGAGAAGAACAUAUGCUGGUCUAUGAAUAUAUGCCAAACAAGAGUUUGGACUACUACCUUUAUGACCCCAUAAAACGAUUCAUGUUGGAUUGGAGAAAGCGUGUCGAUAUCAUUGAAGGGGUUACUCAAGAGCUUCUAUAUCUUCAAAAAUACUCCAGAUUGACAAUUGUUCAUAGAGACUUGAAAGCUAGCAACAUUUUAUUAGAUGAAGACAUGAAACCUAAGAUAUCAGAUUUUGGGAUGGCUAGAAUUUUCGCCAAAGAUGGAGUUGAAGCAAACACAAACCGAAUCGUAGGCACAUAUGGUUAUGUUCCUCCUGAAUAUGUUAAGAAGGGUCUAUACUCCAUCAAAUCGGUUGUGUAUAGUUUCGGAGUCCUACUUCUUCAAAUCAUAAGUGGAAAGAGGAAUGCACAUUCAUACGGGCUCCAUGAAAAUUUAAGACUUCUCGAUUUCGUAAGUUUCAUUGCUAACAUAUCUCAACACCCUUUCUGUUAUAUUGUGAAAUUAUUGGAUUUUGAAACCGCAAAUGACAGGCCUACCAUUUUGGAAGUCUCUUCAAUGCUUACAAAUGAAACUACACCAGUGGCCACUCCGAAGAGUCCUGCUUUCUCAACUAAAAGCAAUGAAGAUGAUGAGCAAAAGAAAUCUCACUUGCAGGAAGAAAUAUGUUCCAUUGAUAAUUCACCAAUUACAGAAGUGGGUUCAUCGUACUCAUCGUGUUGUGUGUAUCAAGGGGCAUUAAAGGGAAAAAAAAAAGACUACGCUAACUCAAUUCCGCUCAGGUCAAAAUCAAAUAAAAAAGUCAAAGAACUUUGCUAUUGGAUUAUUGACUUGUAUUUCAGACUUUUAAGUGGGCAGAUUACCCAACUGGUGGCACCUAGAUUGGAAGACAUUAAUGAAAGUCUUUUUGAACACUUUGAUUUUUCUUCAACACUCAAAAGACAUUCAACAGACGCGUGCAUCUUGCUUAACAAAUUACAAAAUCGUGUACUUUCUACUUUCUUGGCAAGACCCUGCUUCUUUCAAUGGCCUCUAAGCCCAUCUUCCUCCUUCUCCCCCUCCUGUUUCUCUCGUUCAAACUGCAACGCUCAAGCUCACAAACAUGGAUCAAAGCUGGUUACUGGGACUCUUCUACUAACCUUCCUAUUUCUGCUUCAAAUCAACUCCUCAAAUGAACAACCCUUCUCUAACUUCACCAACAUUCUAAAACUAAAAAAUCCAUCGAUUACUACACUUUUAUCCAUUUUGGUUGGAAAAAGUGAGUCGACAAACUUUUCUUUGAUGAUUAAUCAAACUUCCAAUAGAAAAUCUUUCAUUGAAUCUUCCGUAAAAACAGCCAGGCUUUAUGGCUUUCAUGGCCUGGACCUUUGUGGGGUUGUGCCUAAAAAUAGCACCAACAUGACCAGUUUGGGAGCUUUUUUGGAUGAGUGGCGAGCUGAGGUAGCUUCUGAGUCAAGAAACUCUGGUAAGACACAGUUGCUGUUAACUAUGUCGGCUCAAAGCAUGCCAAUUGUCAACUCAGUGAGUUAUCCUAUUGAUUCUACAAAGAAAAACCUGGAUUGGGUAAAUAUUAUAGCAUAUGACUACUAUGUGCCAACAGUUGACAGCUUUACUGGUGUUCAUGCAGCUUUAUAUGGGCCGUUGAGCAGGACUAACACUGAUGAUGUUAUAAAGGAAUGGUUACAGAGAGGAUUUUCCGCUGACAAGCUAGUUUUAGGUUUGCCUUACCAUGGCUUUGCAUGGACACUUGUUAAAUCCGGUGACAAUGACAUUGGUUCACGAGCUUCAGGGCCGGCUUUCACAAUUGAUGGUUCAAUGGGCUUUAAGUCAAUCAAAUCAUUCAUUCAAAAUUACGGUUAUGGCGUUGAAUCUGUGUAUAAUUCUACUUAUGUGGUCAAUUUUUGCAAAAUUGGAUCGAUUUGGAUCAAUUUUGAUGAUGUGGAAGCCAUUAAAGCUAAGGUUUCUUAUGCAAAGGCGAAGGGGCUACUCGGUUACAGUGCCUUUCAACUAUCCAAUGACGAUAAUUGGGUGCUUUCUAAAGCUGGGCCUUUCAAUGUUCACAGCUUAUGGAAUAGGCACCAGUCACCGGACAAAGCAUCAAUUAUUGGUUAUUGUUCUGGUUAUAAUUGCAGCAGCGAUUCUCCUGAUGUGGACUAUCAUUUGUUACCUGCAAACAAAAAUAUUCAAGUCGCAAGGGGUUUGGGUACUGUGAAAAAAUCAUUAUCCUGGAUAAUAACCAAAAUAUCAGCUGAGGAAGAGCAUGAUGAUGGUGCUCCUAAUCUCCAAGUUUUCAGUUUUACUAGCAUUAAAGCAGCCACAAAUAACUUUUCGAAUGAGAAUAAGCUGGGGGAGGGUGGAUAUGGACCUGUCUACAAGGGUAAGUUACCGAAGGGGCAGGAAAUAGCAGUGAAGAGGCUUUCCAAAACCUCUAAUCAAGGGCUUGAGGAAUUCAAAAAUGAGGUCACACUUACAGCACAGCUUCAACAUGUGAAUCUAGUUCGAGUUGUUGGAAUUUGUACCGAGAGAGAAGAAAAAAUGCUGAUAUAUGAGUUCAUGCCAAACAAAAGCUUGGAUUUCUACCUCUAUGAUCUUAUUAAAAAGCAUCUCUUAGAUUGGAGAAGACGAGUUUUAAUAAUUGAAGGUGUUACUCAAGGGCUUCUAUAUUUACAAGAAUACUCAAAUUUCACAAUAAUUCAUCGUGACAUAAAGGCUAGCAACAUUUUAUUAGAUGAUAAUAUGAACCCAAAAAUAUCAGAUUUUGGUAUGGCAAGAUUUUUCAAAAAGGAUGAACUUGAAGCAAACACCAGCAGAAUUGUUGGGACGUAUGGCUAUGUUCCUCCUGAAUAUGUUAAGAAAGGAAUAUACUCUAUGAAGUGUGUUUAUAGUUUUGGAGUUCUACUCCUGCAAAUUAUAAGUGGGAAGAGAAAUUCCAGUCUCUAUGGCUGCAAUGAAAACUUGAAUCUUCUUGAAUAUGCGUACGAAUUGUGGAAACAAGGUCGAGGGGCAGAGUUUUUUGAUGCAUCACUAGAUGAUUCAUCUUCGUCUUGUAAGCUCAUUAGAUGCAUGCAAGUAGGACUGCUAUGCGUGCAGGAAAACCCUGCAGAUAGACCAUCCAUGGUGGAAGUUUUUAGACUCCUAAAGAAUGAAACUACUACAGCAAUCUUUACCCCUAAGCAGCCCGCAUUUUCAGUUACAAGAGAUGAAAAGGAGGAAAGUAAAGACAGUGGCAAGAAGAAAGUUUUUUCAGUCAAUGAUGCAACGAUAACCCAAGUGGUACCUCGAUGAUUGACAGUAUAGGCAUGCAUUUGGGAAACAUAAUGUAGAAGAAUUAUGGUUUACCAAUCUUUUAAUCAUGCAAACGUGUAAAGAUAUUAAUGAAUCUAUGACUUUCUUGGAAAAUUGGAUGGCUUGGAGGGAUCGAUUGAAUUGCAAGGAAAGAAAUUGAAUAACAGCAUGGCUAAUUAAUUAUUUGGAUGCAUAAAACUAGUGUUUAUAUAUAUUUGGUUAUGGCAAACACUUUCAAAUUAAUGUUAAAAAGUGUACUGUAUACUAAAUUCUUUCUGUUUUAAGCUACAGGGUAUAAAACCCAGACCACGUAAAAGUUGCAACCAAAUUUUGUAUAUUCAAGCCUUAUAAAAUCAUGAACUAUCUUUAUAUUCAUCUUGCAGCUCAUUGUUGCC